ACACGUGGACGUGCAUCGGAAGGACGAGAUACAGCCAACAAAAUACAUAUGUUCAUCAGCUCUUGGAAAUGGCGGUUCCUGAUCCCAAGGCCGGGUUUGAAAUACCCACUUCAAUGAAAGGAGAGUUCAUUAGGGUAAAGUCUUCCUUCCGCGAUUGGAUAACUGCGGAUGGAUCGUCUGGGUAUAAGGCAGAGUCCGGGCGGUAUCACCUGUAUGUCAGCCUAGCUUGUCCAUGGGCUCACCGUACCCUGAUCGUUAGGAAACUCAAGGGGUUGGAACAGACCAUCUCCUGUGACGUUGUAGAUUGGUUCAUGGACGGACAAGGGUGGUCUUUCACGGACAAGAAACCUAAUUGUAAUUUGGACACUGUGAAUUGUUGCUCACGUUUGCGGGAGGUUUACCGGAUAGCUAACCCAGAUUACGAAGGUCGUAUCACCGUUCCCGUCCUGUGGGAUAAACAAAAGAAAACCAUUGUAAACAACGAGUCGAGCGAGAUUAUCCAGAUGUUAAACUCAGAAUUCAAUGCUUACUGUGCCAACGAAGAACAGAAGAAGUUAGACUUUUAUCCUAAAACCCUCCAGAAGGACAUAGAUGGAGUCAACGAAUGGAUUUAUCCGAUGGUUAACAAUGGUGUGUACAGAAGCGGUUUUGCAAGAACUCAAGAAGCAUAUGAUGUAGCAGUGCGAGAGUUAUUCCAGGGUCUGGACAAGGUGGAAGACAUCCUGUCUAAAACCCGCUACCUAGCCGGGAAGGAGCUGACGGAAGCGGAUAUCCGUCUAUUCACAACACUUAUACGGUUUGAUCUGGUCUACGUAGGACAUUUCAAGUGUAACAAGAAGCGGAUUGUUGACUACCCUAACAUGUGGGGAUACCUGAGGGAGUUAUACCAGAUCCCAGGGGUGGCCGACACCGUGAACUUUGAACACAUCACAAAGCACUACAUGACAAGUCAUGAAUCUAUCAACCCAACAAGAAUUGUAUCCAUUGGACCAGAAAUCGACUUCACCACUCCACACGGCAGAGAAGCCAUGUCAAAACGUGAACAAGGGAGAUAAUCUUUGAUUUACAAAUGUAGAUCUUACCACUCAAAACGGCUGGGAAGUCGUGUCAGACUGUGAAAAUAGAAGAUAAUUAUUAGAGAUGAAUAAUGACAGAAAUACAUUAAAUGUUGUAAUACUUAUUGAUGUAACCUUCAUAUAGUAUUAGAGAGAGGGUCAAUAUGAAGUGGUUUAUUCCAAUCGUAAUUACUGUGGUCUACAUGGAUUGAAAUACGAGGAUUUUCUUUCAUGCGAAGAUACCGGACACAGGACUUGAUAUUGACACUACUCCGCUGCUAUAAAUAAGGGAAAUUCAGCAUAUGUAUGUAAAACACAAAUUAUCAGGCGAUCGGUUUGAUUUUGUGAUAUGAAACUUAACAAAUUAAAAAAAGGUAAUAUAUUUUAGGAGUAUAUAGCUUAUUUGAUAUCUUGAUAUCUAGAACAGAUUAUCUUAAGUUAUGCAAUAUUUGUUAAUUAGCCGACGAGUUUUUAUACAGACUAAGACUUACUCUACUCUCAAAUACUGCCCUUAGGAAGCAUGUAAAAAGAAACAAACACAACAAUUUUAUAAAGGUUAAGUUAAUGUGAUUUAAAAUUUACACCUAUCACCUUGUAUAUGUUGAGUUAUUGUUUUGAUUAUAUGAAAAUUGAUAGGCAUUGUGGUCAGAUUAUAUGUAAUUUGUUUAUGAUGGUGACCUUUGUAAUGCGAAGUAGUCUAAAAUUUGUGCCCAAUCCGUUUGCUUCAUUUACGUAAUAAGAUAUGUUUUAAUCAAUUAAAAUUGAUCAAGGUCGUUUGAAAAUUACACAAGAAAAAGAAAAGGAAGAGCUUGUCUUUAUGUAAAGGAACAAAAAACAUACAAACUACUUUAUAUUGACAGUCCAAAUAUAAUGUAGACAUCCAGCCACGUCAAAUAGGACACAGUAUGCUAAAGGUCAUUUAUUGUUCAGUAUUCUUUGUCUUUACUAUGUAUACCCGUGAGAAUGAUGUUUCCACAGGCCAUGACUAAAAUAAAUGUAAUUUAUGAGUUAA